AUGUCGCUUCUCAAGACUACAUUACUCCAGGAGGGUACCGGCCGCACCGCGGUCGGAGAAUCCCUCCCCGCGUCCUCGGGCGCGGGCUGCCCCACCGUAUCUGGGGGGGGCAAGAACCGACAUAGGGACGUAAGUCCCUCAAUUCUGACGUCGCAGCCAGAGGCUGGCUCACUUUCCGAGGCGGAAUGGGUGAGCGUAGAGAGUUUGUUGGAGGAGCAACCCCGGCAGCGGGCUCCAAAAAGGGGCCGUGAGGGGGAGGAUUGUGCCAGUACUGAGGUACCGGCACCGAAGGCGCCCAAGGCGCCAACUAUGAAGGCCGUGAAAGCGGCCAAAAAAGGUGGUCGGCCGAAGUCGACUUUGUCCGCUGACGCCCGUCGGGAGUUAGUGGCGGCAAAGCGCGACGAGGCCGAAAAGUCGGUGGCUGAGAUGGCGAAAAAGGCGGAGACGCUGCAGGCGACAUCGCCCGCAGACAAGGGUGCCCUUGAGGACCAGGCCGCAACGAGCAUUAAAAUAAUCCGUGAAAUUGCGGCCCAUUCAGGCAACCUCAAGGGUACCUUUCAGAAGGGCCUUAAGGACGCUGCAGCGUCCCUGGAGAAAGUAAUGUCGGCUCUGAGCUCCGGGUCGACAGGUGAGGAGACUGAACGCCUGCGCGAAAUUUGCGAGCGCAUGGAAAGCAAGAUCUCCUCCCUUGAGAAGGAAAUGGCGGAGCUCAGAGCCGCUGUAGCAAGGGAACGUCCUGAACGAGUGGCCUUAGGGUCAACUUCGUCGACGGAAUUCCGGCAGGAGGAGACUGAGGUGCUGCAGCGCCUCAUUCUCACCACAAUGGGUCCUGUGCUAGACGCCCGUUUCGAGGGCCUCCAGGACCGUCUCCUGCCGGAGAAACGCAUACGGCCCGCACUGGCGGCCGAUAAACGCCGUACGCCGGCAAACCAGACGUCGGAUGAGAGGUUGGCUGCCUCGGUGGCCGACAUGCUCUCAGAGCCAGACACCGAUGUGGAGGAGGUGAAGGGAAAGGGCAAGAACCCUGCCUCUACGGCGCCUGAGCCCGAGCCGAUACCGUCGGCGUCCCCACCGGUGUCGUCACCGAGGUCGGCCAGCUCGCCAUCAUACGCAGCUGUAACGGCUGCGCCGGCGUCUCGGCCACCCGCUCCGCCACCGACUCCUGGGCCAGUGCCCUGGAAGAAGGUGCCGGAGAAGGGCGCCAGGAAGAAGUCCGCCGCUGCCGCUGCCCCACCCCGGGAUAACCAGGCUGCGGCCAAAAUAGAGAAGGGACCACAACCGUCCAAACUCCGCCCUCCGCGGUCGGCUGCGGUUGUGAUCAAGCUGCAGCCGGACGCGGAAAAGCGUGGAGCCACCUAUGGUCAGAUCAUGGAUCUGGCCAUGGGUAAAGUGGACCUCGGCGCCCUGGGUAUACCCGGGGUCAAGUUUAAAAAGGCGGCUACCGGUGCCCGCAUUUUAGAAAUCGCGGGUACCGAGAAGGACGCAAAGGCCAACCUCCUGGCGUCCAAAUUAAAGGAGGUCCUGGAUCCCCAGGUAGCGGAAGUAUCCAGGCCUCAGAAGUAUGCAGAUUUGCGCGUGCUGGAGCUGUGCGACUCUGCCACCCCAGCUGUGGUGUGUGGUGCGAUCGCCCGGGCUGGUCAAUGCCCCGAAUCCGAAACCCGGGUCGGGGACAUUCGGGAGGACCGCACGGGCGUUCGUACCGCCUUCGUCAGGUGUCCCAUCGCGGCGGCAAAACGGCUGACCGCCAACGGCACCAGGCUUCUAGUCGGAUGGGUUUCGGCGCAGGUAAAACUGCUGCCGGCUAGGCCCAUGCAGUGCUUCCGCUGCCUAGAGACGGGUCAUGUCUCGCAGCGGUGCACUGCCGAGUCCGACAGGAGCCUGCUGUGCUACAGGUGCGGCGAGCCGGGUCACAAGGCCGCGGCGUGCAACGCCGCCCCCAAGUGCAUCUUGUGCGCGGGGGCAGGCAAACCGACGGGGCACCGCGUGGGGAGCAAGGCGUGCUCCAGCACGCGCCAAAACCAAAAAAGAAGGAGAGGUGGGAAGCGGGGUGCGUCCGCGGCUACGGCCCAGACGCAGCCUGCUCGUGCGGCUCAGAGCGCCGAGGCGAUGGAAACGGGGGCCUCUGAAUAA